UGCUUACCUGGUGUUUCGUGGUCUUCAUGUUGACCUUCGACCUUAAACCAAUGUUUGGGUCAUGCCGGCUUUCAGAUUACUUUUUCUUCGCUGUUUGAUCAUUCAGAUUCACUGGAUUGACAUGUACGCGACAUAUGUGACGUCCGUGAAGCAUUGAUCGAAUUGUUUAGAUGAUGGAAUUAAAUUGACGCUCGAGUGAAUGUUGAAAAAUAAGCUUAAUGUGAGAUGAUGGGCCACCUGCAAUUUCUUGGUUCCAUCGGCCGGCAUAAGCAGACAACCACAGGUCCUCAGGGCCACCUGCAACGGUUUUAACGCCCAGCUCAUGUCUUCUUGUUCGAUCCAAAAUUCCAAAUACAAACACCGGAAACAUGGAGAAGACUUCUCGAUAGCUAAACGUCCGCUUGUCACCAACAACAACGAUGGACGCGCCUACGCCGGUCGAGCACUUGAAGCACGAGGAGGAGGAUACCCGGAGCGGCUUCUGCCCUCGUUCAGGCAUCUUUCGCUCCCUCCACCGCCUCGCCCCCCGCCAUCGCCCUCCCUCCGACCCCUCCCUCCACGCUGCCUCCUUCGUAUUCUCCCUCCUCCCCUCUCAUGAAUCGACCCGCCCCGUCCUCCUCGACUCCACCACCGGCCGUCGCCUCACCUUCUCCGACCUCCGCCGCUCCGCCCUCUCCCUCGCCGCUGCCCUCCACCACGCCUUCGGCCUCCGCCCUGGCGACGUCGUCCUCCUCCUCUCCCCCAACACCGUUCUAUACCCCGUCAUUGUCCUCGCCGUCCUUGCCACCGGCGCCGUCCUCUGCCCCGCCAGCCCCCUCCACACCCCCGCUGAGGUCGCCCGCCAGGCCCUCGACGCCGGCGCCACGCUCGCCAUCGCCGCUCCCGAGGAGGCCCACAAGGCCGCCGCCGCCAUCGGGGUCCCCACCCUCCUCACCGAACGGGAGCCAGGGGACCCCGACGGGCCGCCGUCCGCGGAGGAGAUGAUGGAGUGGGGCGACCCCUUGGAGGCGCCGCCCCCCGCUCGCGGGCAGUCCGACGUGGCGGUCGUUCUGUAUUCUUCGGGUACGACGGGAGCGCCCAAGGGGGUGAUGUUGACCCACGGGAACCUUAUCGCGAUAGUGUCGCUGCUGCGGUGGUCGGCGGAGGUGAGCGGGUCGGAGGGUGACGUCUACCUGGCUUUCGUUCCGAUGUCCCACGUGUACGGCAUGGCGUUCUUCGCUCUGGGGCUGCCUGCGGCGGGGGCCACCACGGUGGUAAUGCGGCGCUUCGAGAUGGGGGCGGCGAUGCAGGCGGUGGCGCGGCACGGGGUGACGAACAUCCCGGCUGUGCCACCGGUGGUGGCGGCCUUGGCGAAGUUCUCCGGCGGGUGGGACCUGUCGGGUCUGCGGAGGGUGGCGACGGGCGCGGCUGCGGUAGGGGCGGAGGCGGCGAGCGGGUUCCGGCGGCGGUACCCGUGGGUGGAGCUAAGGGAGGGGUACGGGCUGACAGAGAGCGGCGGGGCGGCGACGUUCUCGGUGGCGGCGUCGAGGCGGCCGGAUGGGAGGGGAGUGGGACAGCUGCUGCCGGGCUUCGAGGCGCGGGUGGUGGCGGCGGAGGCGGGGGAGAGGGCGGUGGGGCCCGGUGGGGUCGGGGAGCUUUGGCUGAGGGGGCCCACGGUAAUGAAGGGCUACCUGGGGGACGAGGCUGCCACGGCGGAGGCGUUGCCUGGCGGUGGGUGGCUGCGCACGGGUGACUUGGUGCGCUUCGAUGAGGAUGGCUUCUUGUUCGUGGUGGACCGCAUCAAAGAGCUCAUCAAGCACAAAGGGUACCAGGUGACUCCAUCAGAGCUGGAAGCCGUGCUUCUAGCCCAUCCUCACAUACUUGACGCUGCAGUAGUGCCGCUGGAGGAUGAAGAGGCAGGUGAAGUGCCCAUGGCUUAUGUGGUGAGAUCACCUGAGAGCCAAUUGACAAGUGAGGAGAUCAUCCAGUUUGUGGCAGCUCAGGUGGCACCCUACAAAAAGAUCAGAAGAGUUGCUUUCAUAAGCACCAUUCCAAGAUCACCUGCAGGCAAGAUCUUAAGAAAACAGUUGAUGGAUAAAACCCACCCUGCCAUCUUGCCAAAACUGUAGCAGCUUUCUUCUUUCAGGUACAACUUCUAUCUACUGCAAGCUCAGUUGAAACAAUUCAGAUUGGUGAUGAAUACAAGUCGCCAACUGCUGGCAUAUAUGAUUCUUUCAUACAUGACGGGCAAUAUCUAUCGUAUCAACUAUUUUGGUAUUCACGUAUUGCGUUUGUGUUUGCUGUACUUGCCGUAAGGUAAACUUAAAAAAUUAAAUGAUGGCUUAUUC